AUGUCCCGUGGUUUCAAGCACAUCCCGAUUCUCGACUGGAAAAUCUACCAAGAAGGCCAGAAACCCGCGUUUCUCGAGCAACUUCGCGAUGCUUUGAUCUUUGCUGGCUUUCUGUACCUUCAGCAUCCGCCGAUUGAAGCCGGUCUCAUCGAGCGCGUAAAAGAAUAUCUACCUAAACUGUUCGCUUUGCCAGCCGAGACGAAGCACAAGCUGGAUAUGGUCAACAGCCCGCAUUUUCUGGGUUACUCCUCCCUUGGAAGUGAGCUUACCAAGGGUAAAGUCGACCAGCGAGAGCAAUUCGACUUUGGGACGCCAUACGACUGUGUAUGGAAGGAAGGAGACCCAGAAUAUCGCAAGUUGUGGGGACAGUCGCAAUGGCCUUCUGAAGAAGAUUUGCCUGGAUUCAAGGAUACACUUACCAGAUACCUCUCCCAAGUCCAAGACCUAAGUGAAAUCUUUACGCAUCUGGUCGCAGAAGCUCUGGGUCUGGGCCCAAACGGUCUGGACAUCUUCUUUGAUCAUCCGAUGUCUUCCAUGCAGCACCGCUCCAAGGUCGUCAAGUAUCCUCCCGUCGGCGACGAGCAGCAAGGUGUUGGGCCCCAUUUCGACUCUGGCUUUCUCACCUUGCUCCUUCAAGCAUCGUCCCAUAGGGGUCUUCAAGCACAAAAUGUCGACGGGGACUGGAUCGACGUUCCACCAUUGGACGACACGCUAGUAGUCAACAUUGGCAAAGGACUAGAAUUUGUCACUCAACGGGUUGCUCUCGCAACUACUCAUCGGGUUUUGAAUCCACCUCUUGGUUCAACUGACAGAUACUCGGUCCCAUAUUUCCAAAUCAUCAAACAAGACAUAAAGCUCGCAGACUCCGUCAUCGAUUUUUCACCAGAGAUUCUCGCGUUGAGGGACAAGAGAGGGGACCCCGUCCGUUAA